GGCUGCAGAUGUGGGGUGUGAGGAGGACUCAUGCCUUUCGUGAAGAGAAACAUCGCCCCUCGACACUUGUGCCACGGCACUGUACCAGAUGGGAUCGGCAAUGAGCUGGAGUGUGUCACCAAUAAUACACUGUCUGCCAUCAUCCGGCAGCUCAGCAGUCUCAGCAAACAGGCUGAAAAUGUGUUUGGGGAACUCUUCAAUGAGGCCAAUACAUUUUAUGGGCGUGCAAACUCUCUACAGGACCGUAUUGAUCGCUUGGCCAUCAAAGUCACUCAACUGGAUUCCAGUAUUGAAGAGGUCUCUCUUCAGGACAUUAAUAUGAGGAAAGCAUUCAAAAGCUCCACUGUUCAGGACCAGCAGGUUUUAUCCAAAGGUAGCACUCCCACCUCUGUGAGUGACAUGUACAACACCAGUGACAAAGCCCCUCCCCUGAGUGCACUGACCGCCUACAGAGAAGACUCAACAGACGCAAUGAAGUUUUACUCAGAUCCAUCGUACUUUUUUGACUUGUGGAAAGAGAAAAUGCUGCAGGAUACUGAGGACAAGAGGAAGGAAAGGAGAAGGCAAAGGGAACAAAAGCGUUGUGUGGACAGUAACACAAUUCAGCGUGAGGUGAAAAAAGUAAGAAAGGCUCGUAACCGCAGACAGGAGUGGAACAUGAUGGCAUUUGAUAAAGAGCUGCGGCCCGAUCACCGCCAUCCACAAACUCUACGUCGAGGGGCAUCAUCUGAGGGGUCCCUUUCUCCAGAUGGCAGACUUGAUCUUCCACAGUACCCCAUCCCACCAGUGCCUGUCCAUACAGCUUGUAACUUUGCCAAGUCUACCGAUUUCAUGCCAGGGAACGCACACCCUUCAUCACCUGUAGAGCAUGAAUACCACAGCAUUGAUGUCAACUACAAGAGAGGAACCUACUCCACUGUCGAGCCAGGCUUCACAGAACAAAUGAAUGGAGCAACACGUCCACCUGCUGAGUACAACUCUAUCCUUCCUCUUGCGGGUGCACAAAUUCCAUCGACACAGACAGCAUUUGGGUGCCCUCCUGCUGCUCUGUCUCCACCCCAUAAUGGAGUUCUACAUGUAGGACCUGGAUAUGCACUCCCACCUGUACCUCCACCUCCAGGACCCCCGCCACCACCACUCCCUCCCCCCACUGCAGCCCCACAUCCACGGAACUACAGCCACAGUGGGCAAGGUGACGCUCCGCCUGUGAGGGAUACCAGAAGUGAUCUGUUAUCUGCGAUUCGAAUGGGUAUACAGUUGAAAAAGGUCCAAGAGCAGCAAGAACAGCAAAACAAAUGGGAGCCGGUGGGUAAUGACGUGGCCACAAUCUUGUCCCGUCGGAUUGCAGUGGAGUACAGCGACUCUGAAGAUGACUCUGAACUGGAGGAAAACGAGUGGUCAGACUGAAACUUUGAGAC